GAGGCAGAGGCUUUUGCCUUGUACCACAAGGCCCUGGAUCUGCAGAAACACGAUCAGUUUGAGGAGUCUGCAAAAGCCUACCAUGAACUCCUGGAGGCACGCCUGCUGCGAGAGGCAGUUUCAUAUGGUGAUGAGAAAGAGGGGUUGAAACACCCUGGGCUGAUCCUGAAAUAUUCCACAUAUAAGAACCUGGCCCAACUGGCAGCCCAGCGGGAGGAUCUAGAGACAGCCAUGGAGUUCUACUUAGAGGCAGUGAUGCUGGACUCCACGGAUGUCAACCUUUGGUAUAAAAUUGGGCAUGUGGCCCUGAGGCUCAUCCGGAUUCCCCUGGCUCGCCAUGCUUUUGAGGAAGGGCUGCGUUGUAAUCCUGACCACUGGCCCUGCUUGGACAACCUCAUCACUGUCCUGUACACACUCAGCGAUUAUACAACAUGUCUGUACUUCAUCUGCAAAGCUUUGGAGAAGGACUGCCGGUACAGCAAAGGGCUAGUUCUCAAGGAGAAGAUCUUUGAGGAGCAGCCUUGUCUCCGGAAGGACUCUCUCCGAAUGUUCCUCAAGUGUGACAUGUCAGUUCAUGAUGUGUCAGUGAGUGCAGCUGAGACACAGGCCAUCAUAGACGAGGCCAUGGGGCUGCGGAAGAAGAGGCAAGCGCUGAUCGUGCGGGAGAAGGAACCAGACUUGAAACUGGUGCAGCCCAUUCCCUUCUUCACCUGGAAAUGCCUUGGAGAGAGCUUGCUGGCCAUGUACAACCACCUCACCACCUGUGAGCCCCCACGGCCCAGCCUCGGCAAGAGGAUCGACUUGUCUGACUACCAGGAUCCCAGCCAGCCUCUUGUGUCCUCUAUGGUGGUGACACCAGUCAGCGUUACCCACCAAAGCACUGUCAGCACCAAUCCAGCUGUGGCUGUGGCCGAGCCCGUGCUCUCCUACGCCUCUGUGUCUACAACCAGCUUCCCACUGCACAGCCCCAGCCUGUUGGAAACAGGUGCUUCUGUGGGUGAUAUUUCUGGAGGAGAUAAAUCCAAGAAAGGAGUAAAGCGGAAGAAGAUUUCAGAAGAGAAUGGAGAGACAGCAAAGCGGCGGUCUGCCCGCGUGCGAAACACCAAGUGCAAAAAAGAAGAGAAAGUAGACUUCCAGGAGCUUCUGAUGAAGUUUUUGCCAUCCAGGUUAAGAAAGCUGGACCCUGAGGAGGAGGAAGAUUCCUUUAAUAACUACGAAAUCCAGUCAGAAGCUAAAAUGGAAACCUUUCCAAGUAUGGGACCUCAUAGACUGUCAUUUGACUCAGCCACAUUCAUGGAAUCUGAGAAGCAGGAUGUGCAUGAGUUCCUGCUGGAGAACUUGACCAACGGUGGCAUCCUGGAGCUGAUGAUGCGCUACCUGAAGGGCAUGGGCCACAAGUUCUUGCUCAAGUGGCCGCCGGGCCUGGCAGAGGUCGUGCUCAGUGUCUACCACAGCUGGCGGAGGCACAGCACCAGCCUGCCCAACCCACUGCUGAGGGACUGCAGCAACAAGCACAUCAAGGACAUGAUGCUCAUGUCUCUCUCUUGCAUGGAGCUCCAGCUGGAUCAGUGGCUGCUGACUAGAGGCAGAAGCUCUGCAGUGUCUCCUCGGAACAGCCCUGCUGGUGUGGUGAAUGGCAGAUUUGGGCCCGACUUCCCAGGGACCCACUGCUUGGGUGACCUCCUACAGCUGUCAUUUGCUUCAUCCCAGCGUGACUUAUUUGAGGAUGGCUGGCUGGAGUUUGUGGUUCGUGUUUACUGGCUGAAGGCUCGCUUCCUGGCUCUGCAGGGAGACAUGGAGCAGGCCCUGGAGAACUAUGACAUCUGCACGGAAAUGCUCCAGAGCUCUACUGCCGUCCAGGCAGGGGCAGGGGCUGAGCAAAGAGACAUUGUCAUCCGGCUGCCCAACCUCCACAAUGACUCCAUUGUUUCCCUGGAGGAGAUUGAAAAGAACCUGAAAUCUCUGGAGCGGUGCCAGUCCCUGGAGGAGAUUCAGCGACUGUAUGAAGUAGGUGACUACAAGGCUGUCGUGCAUCUGCUCCGCCCUACCUUGUGCACCAGUGGGUUUGACCGGGCCAAACACCUGGAGUUCAUGACUUCCAUUCCUGAGAGGCCAGCACAGCUGUUGCUGCUGCAGGACUCCUUGCUCCGCUUGAAGGACCACCAGCAGUGUUUCGAGUGUUCUGACGUGGCUCUGAAUGAGGCUGUUCAACAGAUGGUGAACUCUAGUGAGGCUGCAACCAAGGAAGAGUGGGUAGCCACAGUGACCCAGCUGCUGCUGGGUAUCGAGCAGGCACUCUCUGCAGACAGCAGUGGCAGCAUCCUGAAGGAGUCAUCCUCCACCACCGGUCUUGUGCGGCUCACCAGCAAUCUCAUCCAGGUCAUUGACUGCAGCAUGGCUGUGCAGGAGGAGACCAAGGAGCCUCAUGUCUCUUCAGUGCUGCCCUGGAUCAUUCUGCACCGGGUCAUCUGGCAGGAGGAGGAUACCUUUCAUUCCCUGUGCCACCAGCAACAGCUCCAGAACCCAGCAGAAGAAGGGAUGUCAGAGACGCCCAUGCUCCCAUCCUCCCUCAUGCUGCUCAACACAGCCCAUGAGUAUUUGGGCAGGAGGUCCUGGUGCUGCAAUUCAGAUGGGGCUCUUCUUCGAUUCUAUGUACGCGUUCUCCAAAAGGAGCUUGCUGCAUCCACCUCGGAAGACAUGCACCCAUAUAAGGAGGAGCUGGAGACAGCCUUGGAGCAGUGCUUCUACUGCCUAUACAGCUUCCCCAGCAAGAAGAGCAAGGCCAGGUACCUGGAGGAGCACUCAGCCCAGCAGGUGGAUCUUAUAUGGGAGGAUGCCCUGUUUAUGUUCGAGUAUUUCAAGCCUAAGACUCUUCCUGAAUUUGACAGCUACAAGACCAGCACUGUGUCUGCUGAUUUGGCCAACCUCCUAAAGAGAAUCGCCACCAUCGUGCCCCGCACAGAAAGGCCAGCAUUGAGCCUGGACAAAGUCUCUGCCUACAUUGAAGGAACCUCGACUGAGGUGCCCUGCCUCCCAGAAGGGGCUGACCCCUCCCCUCCAGUGGUGAAUGAGCUCUACUACCUCCUGGCUGAUUAUCAUUUCAAAAACAAGGAGCAGUCUAAGGCCAUCAAGUUCUACAUGCAUGAUAUCUGCAUCUGUCCCAACAGGUUUGAUUCCUGGGCAGGCAUGGCCCUGGCCCGGGCCAGUCGCAUUCAGGACAAGCUGAACUCCAAUGAACUGAAGAGUGAUGGGCCCAUUUGGAAACAUGCCACGCCUGUUCUGAACUGCUUCCGGCGGGCCCUGGAGAUUGACAGCUCCAACCUAUCCCUGUGGAUUGAGUAUGGCACCAUGUCCUAUGCCUUGCACUCAUUUGCCUCGCGCCAGCUGAAGCAGUGGAGAUCUGAGCUGCCUCCUGAGCUCGUGCAGCAGAUGGAAGGCCGGCGCGACAGCAUGCUGGAGACAGCCAAGCACUGUUUCACAUCAGCAGCCCGCUGUGAGGGUGAUGGCGACGAGGAGGAGUGGCUUAUCCACUACAUGCUGGGCAAGGUUGCUGAGAAGCAGCAGCAGCCGCCUGCUGUUUACCUGCUGCACUACAGACAAGCCAGCCACUACCUGCACGAGGAGGCUGCCCGCUACCCCAAGAAGAUCCACUACCACAACCCACCCGAGCUGGCCAUGGAGGCCCUGGAGGUGUACUUCCGGCUCCAUGCCUCCAUCCUGAAACUCCUGGGGAAACCUGAUUCUGGGGUUGCUGCAGAGGUCCUGGUUAACUUCAUGAAGGAGGCUGCAGAAGGACCCUUUGCCAGGGGCGAGGAGAAGAACACGCCCAAAGCUUCAGAAAAGGAGAAGGCCUGCCUGGUGGAUGAGGACUCCCACUCUUCAGCUGGGACACUGCCGGGCCCCGGAACCUCCCUCCCUUCCUCCUCUGGCCCAGGUCUGACAUCCCCACCUUACACAGCCACUCCGAUUGACCACGAUUACGUCAAAUGUAAAAAACCCCACCAGCAGGCGACGCCGGACGAUCGCAGCCAGGACAGCACAGCUGUGGCACUCUCAGACUCCAGCUCAACUCAGGACUUCUUUAAUGAGCCCACCAGCUCACUGGAGGGCUCCCGGAAGCCCUACACAGAGAAGAGGCUGCCCAUUCUCAGUUGCCAGGCAGGAGUGACCAAUAAAGACCUUCAGGGGGCCACAGAGGAAAGAGGAAAAACUGAGGAGUCCUUGGAGAGUACAGAAGUCUUCCGGGCCACAGAACAAGGUGGCCAGAAGCCUGCUGCAGAACCCCCAGCCUCUGCUUGCAUCCCUGUCAAGCCUCCAGCACCCACACCCACCCUGUGGGAUGGGAGAAAGAAAGGGGAUCCCCUGGGGGAACCAAUGACCUUUCCCCAGGGUCUGCCAGCCGGCGCCGAGGAACAGCGACAGUUCCUCACGGAGCAGUGCAUCGCCUCCUUCCGCCUGUGCCUGAGCCGCUUCCCCCAGCACUAUAAGAGUCUCUACCGGCUGGCCUUCCUCUACUCCUACAGCAAAACCCACCGGAACCUCCAGUGGGCCCGCGACGUGUUGCUAGGCAGCAGUAUCCCAUGGCAACAACUGCAGCACAUGCCGGCACAGGGGCUCUUCUGCGAGAGGAACAAGACCAAUUUCUUCAACGGCAUCUGGCGGAUCCCCGUGGAUGAGAUCGACCGGCCAGGCAGCUUUGCCUGGCACAUGAACCGCUCCAUCGUGCUGCUGCUCAAGGUGCUGGCCCAGCUUCGGGACCACAGCACCCUGCUGAAGGUGUCCUCCAUGCUGCAGCGGACCCCAGACCAGGGCAAGAAGUAUCUGCGAGAUGCUGACCGCCAGGUCCUGGCACAGCGGGCCUUCAUCCUCACUGUGAAGGUUCUGGAGGACACACUGAGCGAGCUCACAGAGGGGUCAGAACGCUCAGGGCCCAAGGCCUGUGGCAUCCCUGGAGCCAGGAUGACUAGUGACAUCUCACACAAGUCCAGUCCCGAGGAUGGUCAGGAGGGUCUCCCCAACCCCAAGAAGGCUUCUCUGCCUGAUGGCUCAGGGCCCGAGCCUGGGGGCAAAAUGGGCCCCCUCAACCACCGGCCUGUGACCACGGAUGCAGGAGACAACGCAGACCAAGGCGGAGAACGGAAGGACAAAGAAAGUCCCCGGACAGGGCCCACUGAGCCCAUGGACACAGGCGAGGCCUCCAUUCGCCGCUUAGACUUGGAGCGGGCAUCACCCCUGCUACCAGGCCGGCCCCCAAGGGACCGGGGCCCUGAGAGCCGGCCCACUACCACCACAGGGGCCAGGGGAGGCAGCCACCCUGAGGAGCCACCCCCACGGCCCAGCCGCAAGAGGAAGCUCCUGGAGGACACAGAGUCGGGCAAGACGCUCCUGUUGGAUGCCUACCGCGUGUGGCAGCAAGGUCAGAAGGGCGUGGCCUAUGACCUGGGCCGUGUAGAGAAGAUCAUGUCUGAGACCUACAUGCUCAUCAAGCAGGUGGACGAGGAGGCUGCGCUGGAGCAGGCUGUGAAGUUCUGCCAGGUCCACCUCGGGGCUGCUGCCCAGAGACAGGCCUCGGGGGACACACCCACCACCCCAAAGCACCCCAAGGACAGCCGAGAGAACUUCUUUCCUGCAGCAGUGGCCCCCACAGCCCCUGACCUAGUGCCAGCCGACACUUCCCAGCGGCCUGGUGACACUCACACCAAGCCUCGCCCUGCACUGGCUGCUACCUCGGCUGUUGUCACCUGCCCUCCCUCAGCAUCAGCCUCCACCCUGGACCCAUCCAAGGACCCUGGGAAUCCCCGGCCACAUAGGCCUGAGACCACUCCCAGUAUGGCUUCUCUGGGCCCAGAGGGAGAAGAACUGGCAAGAGUAGCAGAGGGUGCUGGCUUCCCACUGCAGGAGCCUCGGCACAGUCAGCAGGUAAAGACGGCCUUCGUGGGUUCCCCGGCAGAGCCACACUGCUGGCCAGCGGAGGCUGCCCCCCGGCCAGGUGCUGAGCCCACUUGCAGCCAGGAAGGGAAACUGAGGCCUGACCUGGGAAGGGACAGGCAGGCUCCUAUGAGUGAGGCUCAGCUCCUGAACUCUUCCCCCACAGCCACCAGCUCCAAGGUCCCCAGCAGUGGGAGUUCCCAGCCUCCCGAGGGCCACCCUGGCAAGGCAGAGCCCAGCCGCACCAAGUCACGCCUCCUGUCCAACAUGCCAAAGCUGGUGAUCCCCUCAGCCGCCACCAAGUUCCCGCCUGAGAUCACUGUCACGCCGCCCACCCCAACCUUGCUCUCCCCCAAAGGCAGCAUCUCUGAGGAGACCAAGCAGAAGCUGAAGUCUGCCAUCCUUUCUGCCCAGUCGGCUGCCAACGUGAGAAAGGAGAGCCUGUGCCAGCCAGCCCUUGAGGUCCUGGAGACAUCCAGCCAAGACUCCUCACUGGAGAGUGAGACAGACGAAGACGACGACUACAUGGACAUCUGAGGGGGCUGCCAAAGUGCCAUAGCCAUGUCCCAUGGGACUGGCCAGGCCUUGAAUGCCCUCAGCCUGGACUCCAGGCAAGGCCAGAGGCCCACAUGGGAUACCACUCCCAUGCAGCCCCGAGGCCCGCCCAGCCCAUGCACGGUGUCCUCCUUGCCCCCCGGUCGGGCUGUCUAUGCCGCAUGGGAGCCCAGAAGAGGAAGGGCCCAUCUUGGCCUCAUGAAGGUGGAUUGGUCGCACUCUGCACCCUUUCUGUGAAAUGCUGACUUUGUAAACCUGCCCACACCCAGCUGGCCGCAUCUACCCUUCGGUGUCAAGAUAAGCCAUUCUCUGCCUGUGUCACAGUGGAGGGGUCAUUUAGGGCUGGGCUCACCCCACACCCCUUUUUUUGGUUUCUUUUCUAAUAAAGAUGGAACACUU